AUGAGUCUUGAAAUAGAAUCGAUGGUUCGCUACACAUCUCCGAUCAACCCGGCAGUUUUUCCACACCUCACACUUUUGUUACUCGGCAUCGGCAUAUUUUUUACGGCUUGGUUCUUUGUUUAUGAAGUCACAAGCACGAAACUAUCAAGGGAUUUGUUCAAGGAACUGCUACUGUCGCUGGUCGCCGCGCUUUUUUCAGGAUUUGGGAUCUUAUUUUUAUUACUGUGGGUGGGCAUCUAUGUCUGA